GGCACCAUUGGUGCGUUGGAAGAGGCUCCGCGCGGUUAAUUUGACUGCCUGCUCGCAGCCUCUGGCUUGCAAAGAAAAGGGAGAGGAACGGCUCGAGUUGGCUUCGGCUGUGCGGGUCUAAUCCUAUCACACAGCGAUGGACGACUAUACGAAAAUAGAGAAGAUUGGUGAAGGAACUUACGGUGUUGUGUAUAAAGGCAAACACAAAUCUACGGGCCAAGUGGUUGCCAUGAAAAAGAUACGAUUAGAGAGUGAAGAAGAAGGCGUUCCCAGCACUGCUAUCCGUGAGGUUUCCUUAUUGAAAGAGCUUCAUCACCCCAAUAUAGUCUGUCUUCAGGAUGUGCUUAUGCAAGAUUCAAGGCUUUACCUUAUCUUUGAAUUUCUUUCUAUGGAUCUCAAGAAAUACCUGGACUCUAUCCCAUCGGGACAGUAUUUAGACCGUAUGCUUGUUAAGAGUUACUUGUACCAAAUCUUGCAAGGUAUCGUGUUCUGUCAUUCAAGAAGGGUUCUGCACAGAGACUUGAAGCCUCAGAACUUGUUAAUAGACGACAACGGAGUAAUCAAACUCGCUGACUUUGGGCUGGCCCGAGCUUUUGGUAUCCCCGUGCGGGUCUACACACAUGAGGUAGUGACUCUGUGGUAUAGAUCGCCAGAAGUGCUACUAGGCUCCGCCCGUUACGCAACGCCUGUAGAUAUAUGGAGCAUAGGUACGAUCUUUGCUGAAAUGGCAACCAAGAAACCUCUCUUCCAUGGGGAUUCUGAAAUUGACCAGCUGUUCCGAAUUUUCAGAGCUUUGGGGACGCCCAACAAUGACGUGUGGCCUGAAGUAGAGUCUUUGCAAGACUACAAGAACACUUUCCCGAAGUGGAAACCCAGUAGCCUGGCGUCCCAUGUGAAAAACCUGGACGAAGAUGGGCUGGACUUGCUUUCUAAAAUGUUAAUCUAUGACCCUGCAAAGAGAAUUUCUGGUCGCAUGGCCUUGAACCACCCAUAUUUUGAUGAUCUAGACAAAUCUAAACUUCCAGCCAGUCGGAUCAAGAAAAGUUAAUUGCCCUAAAACCACCCAAAUGGGUUUGGGGCAAGAAUACUAAAACUUGUGGUUUUUUCACUAUCACAUUUCCUCUGACUUUUGUUUUAUGUGUGUCUGCCUUUGCCCUGUUCUGUCACUGUAGCCCUGUUUUAUAGAGUGCUCUGGCUUAAGUGUAAAUAUUAACCUAUUCACUAUCGAAUAAAGUUGUACACUGUUAAUGCAUAUUAUAUAAAUGGUUUAAAGAUAGAACAGGA